UCGAGCGAAGCGACCGCUGCGGAUCACGGUCGCAGAAAAAUAUUGUCCGCACACGAUCAAUAGUUGGUGUUGUGAGUAGGUGCUUCCGGGGGUUGCCAAGCUACCCUUCCUCCUCGUGCACCACGGUGGAGUUGUGCAGUAAUCCAUGGUCCAUUGGCCACCGGUGGUCGGGAAACUCUAUCCCUCGUUUUCGACGACAAGCACACGCAUACAAACCUGUGCCUGCACUGGUGCGUAAAGGGUGGGAGAGCUGUUUGAUACGAAAAAAGGGAUCGUCUAGCGGAUCCUCGAUUGAACAGCCUUGAGUCACCGUCAGCAGCAACAUGUCGGUGGGACACGGAAACAGCUAUGACUAUCGGACGGUCGAUACGGAACGUAACGAACGCUGUGGCUGCUGCGUUCGUACAAUGAAAUGGUUUCCAGUGCUGUUCAUUGUUUCCGUCAUCGGCUGGUCGUACUAUGCGUUUGUGAUACAACUUUCCUUCUUCACCGUGACAAGCGUCGUGCAAAGGAUACUUUUUCUCCUGUUUUACCAUGCCAUACUGGUAAUGUUCCUAUGGUCCUACUAUCAGACGGUAUUUACUGAAAUCGGCCGUGUCCCGUCCAGAUUCCGAAUUCCCCGCAGCGAACUGGAUCGGAUGAUACGGGCCACGAGCGAGGACGAACAGAAACAGAUUCUGGAAGCGUUCGCCAAGGAGCUACCCGUAGUCACACGUACGCUUAACGCUUCAGUGCGUUUCUGUGAGAAAUGUCGACUCGUCAAACCGGACCGGGCACAUCAUUGCAGUGUGUGCGGUGUCUGCGUGCUCAAGCUAGACCAUCACUGCCCGUGGGUGAACAACUGCAUUAACUUUACCAACUACAAGUACUUUAUCCUGUUCCUUGGCUAUGCACUGCUCUACUGUCUGUAUGUGGCCCUCACAACCGUUGCCUACAUGGAGCUGAUAUGGACGGGCAAAAUUGACGGACGGUUCCACAUUUUGUUCCUGUUUUUCGUCUCGGUGAUGUUCGCAAUCAGUUUAGUCAGUUUGUUUGGCUACCACUGUUAUUUAGUGCUACUUAACAGAACGACUCUAGAAUCAUUUCGUACACCGAUUUUCCGGUACGGCGGUCCAGAUAAGAAUGGGUUCAGCUUGGGAAAAAUGAGCAACUUCCAGGAAGUGUUCGGAGACGAUAGACGCUUUUGGUUCGUUCCAGUUUACACAAGCCUUGGGGAUGGGAUGUUGUUUCCCACCCAGUCACACCAUUUAGCAUCGAAUCCGUCACAUGAAGUUGGGUCGCCGGUAGCGCCACUGACCGCUGGCAAUGAGCAUUGUAACGGAGUGGUUGAAAAUGGCAAUGGCCGUAUUGCCGUAGCCCCAAUCGCUCAAACGGUCGUUCUAGAACACCUCGACGAAACGAAGGCCGGGGCAGGAUCGGUGGCUACGGACGGCGCAGUAGAGCACCGCCCGGGUCAGCAGCACGCUGCCGGCAUGCCGCCGCAAGCCCGAGUGAACGGUCUUCAGCAACAAGAAUCCAAAGAGAGUUCCGUUCCCACUCGUCCCCUCUAGUAGUAGUGGUAGUUGUAGUAGAGUUUCCCUUUUUCGUAGAUUUCGUAGAGUAAGAGAAUCCCCCAAAAUACAGACACAACCUCAAACAGAUGCACCCAAUCCGUUGGAGUGCUACGCCCUUCGCCUUACUUCUGCUGGGAUUCGGGCGCAAGAAGCGGUUGAAAAAAUAUCGGACAAACACGUGACUUCAGAUUCGCUAGAAUAAGCCUUCACUAAUGAUCUUGAAGAGGUACACAUAUUUAGAUUAUCUCUUUUUUUUUUACUUAUAACAUGAGCAUUUUUUACUUAGCGACUUCUGCAAUAAAAGUUAAGAUUUAUUUGGUAACAAUUAUUUUUUCGUUGGUUUAACAAACAUUACAAAUUCCAGUUCUAAGGCUUCGAAAAAGAAUUUGGUUUUUGUCUUUCGUUAUCUUUUGUAAACUUAAGUUAUAUUUAACAAAAAAAGCAUUCAACUUUACAAUCAUCUGCCAGGAGUAUUUGAGUUGUAAGAUAUUUAUCAAGGACUGGAAAUAAAACUGACUAACUCGAUAAACGAAACACAUUUUUAUAAUGUAAGGUUUUGUGUUUUUAGGACAAUGAAUAAUAAUUGGCUCAAUAUCAAAUAAAUGACUCAAUAUCAA